AUGAUCGCAGCCUCCUCAUCGUCCGCCGCGACGUCCACGACCAUCACCACGACGUCCAGGCGCUUGACAAAGUCCCCGCCCCCAUCGCCCCCGUCCCCGCCCAGGACCAGAAAACUCUCGAAAAAGCGGCGCAUACUCGAGUUUACGUACCUCAGCGACCAUGAUAUUCAAUCGGCCAGAUCCUCUGUUGCCCGCUCGCGGACGCUCUCGUCUAUCUCAGGCAUUUCGGACCGGCUUUCCUUCAAGCGAGGGACCAAGAAAACGAACGUGAAGCUUUCACUAGACGAACGACGGGGAGGGGACGAAGAGUACGAGUUCGUGCAGCCCGAGCGCACGGAGAAUUGGUUGCCACCGCUGAAAUUGGGGUCCCCUGCCUUUGAGUCGAGCCUCUCGUCGCAGGCUUCUCCGGCGUUGACGAAGAGUGCCAAUGAUAUGGACUGGGAUCCUGACCUCCAUCUGCAUAACUUUGCAUUGUAUGCCUUUGGGCAUCAUGACGGGGUUGGCGCUGAUGGCAUUGCGAAUGGCAACAGCAAUGGGCUGGGGAGCUUUGAGGCAGAGGGGCCAAGGAUAUCACUUUCUAUGAACGAUAUCGACCCAAUGGCACCAGGUCGUCCUUCAACGACGAGUUCGCGCGCCAAAUUCAUAAUCGGUGACGGCGACGGUGUGGAUCACGAUGAGGAGGACGGCGAACAUGAUGUAGAAUCGCCUGCCAGCCGGUCAGAUUCAGCGCCAUUGUCUUUGAAAUGCAUUUCAUCCCCUUCUUCGCCCGUUCUCCCCGUACCUCCUCUUCUAACGCACUCGCUGUCUCAACCCCCAAGCCUACUUCCUCCUCUUUCGCCAACGCAAACUCGGCCAUCACUGACAAGACGCCAUGCGUUUGAUGUCAACUCGCACUGGACACUCCGUAUGGCACUGAUUGAUGAAAGGUUAUCGGAUGAGGUGCUUGUGAGGGUUCUGGAGAGGUGUGUCGGUGCAGGAGGGACGAGAGCGACGGGAAAGGAUGAGCAUGACUACAGAUCGCGUCCUUUGCCUCCCAUUCCAACUUCGGAGGUCGUGCUUCCGCUAACAAACCCGCUCCAAAACCUCCACCUUAAUCCUCAUCUUCCAUACUAUCUCCCUUCGCAUAGCUCGCACCCCCACAUGCACCACAUUCACCACCCGCACCCGCACCCACAUCCGCGCCCUCACUCACAUAACAACGCGAAGGCUCAAAUCAACCCCCAAAAUCCAACAUUCCGACAUGUACUGUUAACCAUUCGCGAACUCAUACGCACGGAGAAGAACUAUCUAGACUCGCUGAAGAUGCUGUUGAUUGGGUAUUCGGGGCCGCAGGAAUAUCAAUCGCAGCCCAAUCAACACCUGCAAGUGCGCACACACGCAACGAACGCGUCGAGCGCGGCGAAUUCGCGUCACCGGUACUCCUCGUAUACCCAACCCAACUCUCCUACGCGCCCCACCUCAUAUGCGCGCCCUAUGUCGACCAUCGCUGCCAACCCGUAUGGCUCAAAUGGCGACGUGAUCAGUGCUUCCCCGCAGUCCACUGAAUGGACGACGGAGGAUGUUGAAGUUGAUGAUGGAUCAUCUACUUCGCAUUCACAUACGCAUCCGCCAAGUCAUGCACAUUCGUAUUACUCACAUCCACACUAUCCACACCCAUCUUUCCCUUCUUCUCAUCAUUAUCCUCACCCCCAUCCCUCGGGCCACCAUCCCCACCCUCACCGCUCAAGUCACUUACCACCCAACUCGCAGUCGAACUCGAAACACACGCCGCCCCCUCUAAUGCGCGCAUACAUCUCCGAGCUGGUUCAAGUUAGCGAAGCAUUCGUUACGAGGAUGGAGAAGGACUUGUGUGUCGGGGGCGUCGCGAGGGCUUUUGUGGGGAUGUGUGGGAGCGGGAAUAGCGUUUCCGGAGGAAUGAGUGCCAAUGGUGUUCCCACUGGGCCAAGUGGGUUUGAGGAUGGGGAUAUUCGAGAAGAAGACGAAGAGGAUAUGGAUGGAAUGGAGGGGUCGUUGGAACGCGCGUAUGUCGCGUGGUGUGGGGUUGUUGGGACGUGGUUUGUGGACGGUGAUGAGCGCUCGGAGUCGGGUCAUGGUCGACACUCGGGAAAGCGGGAGAGCAAGAGGGAAAGGGAGAGGAAGGUAUCACAUGGGCGAGGGCGAGAUGAGGCAGGGAAGGAUAUUGAGGCUGGUGGCAUGGGAAAUGGUGAAGUGAAGAAGAAGCCAUCAGGGAGGCGGAAGCUGAGCAAAGCGAGGCAUUCGAAGGCUAUGGGAGGGAUGAUUAGCUUGAACACUUCCUCGUCCUCGAAUUACGCCUCCGACCCUUCCACCUCUACCUCCGCGUACGUCUCCCCACUCACCUCCACUCCAAUCUCCACAACACCGUCCUCGAACGCCCUCACCGCGGUGAACACCAACUCUCCGUCCAAUUCCUCGCCCGACGAGGCCGACGAAGGAAGGCGAAUAACCUCAAAGUCCAGAACGACUAGCACGACGUCUUUGAAAAGGAAGAUGAGUCAGUGGCGGAAGAGUCUACCGAGCGUACCCGGGUAUUUUGGGAUUGGGGCUGGGUCUUCUUCUGGAGGGUCGACCCCGGGAGGUGGGAGGGAUCUGAGGGGGAUGAGAGGUGGGACAGUGUCGAUGUACGGAGCGGCAGGAUCGACCGUGGCUCCGCCACUGCCCCUCCCGCUUCCGCCUUCUGUGAUACGAAAUGGGAGCGCGACACCGAGGGCGAGGCAGCAGACGCUCCCUCCUGGACUGACAAUGACUAUGACCGUACCUACGACUGCUGUGUCGACUGCCACUGCGUCAGCGAUGCCAUCCAGCGUGAAUGGGAUGACUCUGAUUGAUGGCGGGGAGAGGAAGGCUUUUGAUCUCGGUCGCAACGGUAUCUCGGAUGAUGAGGAGGAGAAGGGGGCGAUGGUCACACCUGGGGCGCAGACGAGGGACACAUUACUCGCUGUAGGGGUUCCAGGAGGGUCCCAAACGCGCAAAAAGAGUACGAAAAGUAUUAAAAGUAUCAAGAGCACGAAAAGCACGCGUUCACCGACACCACCUACCGCGUUUUCGAUGCGGGGGAUGCAGGAUUUCGGAGGCGAUGGGGAUUACGGAUUCGGCACAGGCGCGCAGUCGGCUUCGACCGUAGAUGGACAUGGGAGCGGGGCCGUCAACGGGUAUGGAAGUGAUAUGGCUUAUCUGCUUGCAGGGCAUACCAGUCUCAAUGGGCACGGGAACCUCAACGGUGCCGAAGGGACGCGACGGGUGCAAACCAGGAGUAAGAGCGCAGUGUCUGUUGGCAUGGGUUCUAUGGUUGGCCGUAGCCUGAGCUUCGUGGGUAUUGGAUCGCGGAAGAGCAAGAAUAGCGACGGUGAAGGUACACACAGGAGAGGAGAGAGUAUCGACAUCGCUCUUGCUGGCGAUAGCGAGAGGAGGAAUGGAAUUGAUUUUGGUGGAGGUAGGGGUGGAUGGGUCGUCGACGACCGGAGGCAGAAUGCGGUGGAUGGUGGACACAUUCAUUCCGCUGGUGCGGGUGGGGGUGCGCAUGCCUAUGCCCCUGCGUCUGGCUCGGAGCUCGGAGGCGCGCAUGCAGGACGAGGGUUUGGAGAGUAUGGAGGUGAUGGGGACAAGACACCGCGUAAACUCCCGACCGUACGCGACCUUGCGAUCCUGCCCACGCAGAGGGUGAUGAGAUACGUGCUUCUGUUCCGAGAUCUGCUUGCCCAUAUCCCGACGACGUCGCCCUCGCGAGCAAUUGUGCAGAAGGCCGUAGAUGCUGCUGUGAGAGUCGCAGAGAAGUGCGAUCGCGCGCAGGGGAAUGCGGCGUUCUUGAGAGCCGGGUGA